AUGGACUUAGCCAGUGUAGUUGGCCCUCCUGCUGGACUGGAUGCUGCACUCAUGUUUGGCUUUUCGAGCGCCGAUAGACGACCACGGGGAGAAGCUUCAUUCGGCUGUUCCGGUGUUCAAUAUACCAGAAUUAAACCCUUGCCCUCCCCCCUCGCGCCACCACCAGAACAUCCAUCCGAACUGAGGAGAGAAAAAGACAUCCCUCCCGCCCUGGAGUGUGUCUUUGGUGAUAGUAACAUUUCACUAAACACGAUUCGUUGUGUCCUCAGGGAUGUUGAUAUAAACCUUCGCGCCCAGCCAAAGCUCAGCAAAAUGAUAUUCGAUCACAUACUUACAAUCCAGAAAGUAUCGAGAUGGGCGACUGCUGAUUUGCAUGCCUUCCUCUUGGAUCCAUCGUUGAAUACUCCCGGCUCGAACAACUAUACGGCCUUGAUGGACUACUUGACGCUGGAGAAACUUGCAUUACCAAUCAUAAUAGAGCACAUUUGCCAGUUGAGAAUAGGUUUGACUCUCGGGACGGUACCUCUUGCUGAGAUUCAAAAUAUAAUUGUUAAGUUACCCCAUGUCAAUGCUGCUGAGGACUCCUUUGCGCACUCUCAGCGGGGCUUUCUGGUGUCCGCCUAUACAGAGCUUUGGACGGGCUUACGGGAAUGCUCUGUGUUAACGGCCAGUGACCUUGGGACUUCAACUCUUAAGCUGUGGUUAGACAUAAUGCUAGGCGCCCCGGCUGGAACUGAAUCGAUUGCUUUAUGUAAUCACAUCGUUCAUGCUUUGAGGAAGAGGGACCGCUUAGACCAGAAGACAAUGUCCAAGGUUCUUUUGUAUACCCUCGAAUUCGCCACGGAGAAUCAGGCUAUGCCAAGAAAAGACGGUUGGAUAAAUAGGAAAAGCCUGCAAUAUCGCCUCCAGGAGAUCUCAGAUACGUUACGAUAUUCAUCCAGGACAUUCGCUAUUUCUAGCAUACUCGGCACUACGGAAUAUUUGAUAUGCUCGCCGAAUUAUGAUGCAAACCGCCCUCAGAUGUUGCUGCUUUGGUCAUGGAUGCUGCAGCGCUUAGUUGGGCUUCGGGACAUGCUUUCCUCGGAGAUAUGGAUGGAGUUUCAAGCACCGUGGCCGAAUAAAAAUCAGCCAGAUAAACCCCUUACUACCGAAGAAGUUUGUUUUGUGCGGAUGUGGUUGCUAAGGACUAUCGGCCGCCGCACGAAAUGGUAUUUCGAUGUUGACAGUCGCCGAAUGGACCUCUUCGGGAAACACCUCCUCUACCUGAAACAAGUUUCUGGAUUGCAUGGAAGGGGUGAUAUGCUGGCUAAAGUCAAGUCUCUUAUGGCGCGUUUUGACAACCUGGGUCUUCCUUGCACAGAUCACGUUCUUGUGACGGCGGUUAGGUCAAAAUAUAUGGAACGAAUGGGUCUUGCUGGGCCUUUACCGCAGUCGAUGAUUUCAGUCAUAAACAGCCUUGACUGCGGUGUUUUGCACAAGCCAGAAUUUAUGUGGACAUACGAGAAAGGAACGUCGGUCAAGAGCCUUGGAAAUGCAUUGUUUGAACAAGCUGCGCUGGAGACCGACAUCACCGACCCACACUUUCUCCAUCGUUUAUUGCUUUACACGGAAAGCAACGCCAUACACUCUCGAGGGGUACUUCUUAGACUCAUUGAGAAUCACAAACCGCUCAGAUACGCCUUGCAAAAGCUACGGCUCUCACAACCUGAUAAAGACGCGGUAGUAGAGGUUACUCGGUAUCUGCCCGAGGGAGUACCCAUUCUUGACCCACAGGCUUGUCUCAACACUAUAACUUUCCUUGCGUUGGUUUUUGCAAUUGUUCCCGUUUCUGACCGGGUUGCUUGGAGGUUAACAUAUCGAUGUUGUAAGCUUCUUCGAACGCAGAAUGCACCGAUCUUGCCUGCCAUGUGCCGGGCCUUGUACCACGCUGGUAUCCAAAGAUGGGUCGACUCUGGAAGCAGGGUGCCAUAUGAGAGACGGAAAUAUAUAAUGGACAUAUUGAGGGAAGUUGAAGGGCCUCAGGUCGGUGGAUUGAAGGCUUCGUGA